AUGGCAAGUUCUAGCUCUACUACUGAUGAGGUUUUCAAUUGUCAUUUGUGUGAUAAGUCGUAUACUACUAAUAGCAACAGAAAUAAACAUCUGAAAAAGUGUCAUAACAUCGAAAUACCCCAAGACACAUCAAACCACCGGAUCCCUUGCGCUGAAAAUUAUUGCAAUGGACUUUUUGGUACUAUAGCUGAUUUAAGGACUCAUCUGAAUGAAGCUCAUGGAUUUACUUUUCAUGAAGACUACAGAUUUUUUCCUACGAAAAGGACUUUUCUUCAUUGGAAGAAAAAGCUUGAAAAAUCCGAGAGAGUGCGUUUUAUCAAAACUCAAGGUGAUAAAUUGAGAAAAAAUGCAGUACAGCAAUAUUUUCAUUGCAACCGAUCUGGAUCAUAUAUUAGCCAAAGCACAGGUAAACGUAAAGCUAAAGUAACCUGCAAAAUGGGACAUCAGUGUACUGCUAGUAUGGUUGCUACGAUUAACAGAAUAUCAGGAGAAGUAAUUGUUAAAUUUGUUAAAGAGCAUUACGGACAUGAUAUUCCACCGCCCCCUACUGCCCUGCAAGCCAAUCAGGAAAUACGGCGUUCAGUGAAGCUUGGAAAAGCUAUCUCCUUAACAAUGUCGCUAAUGAAAGUUAGAACAAUAACUAUGCUAAAAAGUUUAAUUGAGGAAGGAGGAUUUGAUCGCGUACUUGAUAAG